UAAAUAUACCUUCACCAUGGGAAGAUCACAAGCGUCUGACUCACCAAGAAGUGGGUCAAUAAGGGUGUGACGUCAUAUUGUUAUUUACCUGAAAAUGGCUGCUCUCUUCGGACAUGGAAAUCCUCUUGCGACGCAAGUUGGACAGUUGAUUGAGAGAGGCACAGAUGGAUCACAAGCAUCAGAAAACUGGAUGGUUUUGAUGGAAGUUUGUGAUAUCAUCAAUGAAACAGAUGAAGGUCCUAAGGAUGCUGCUCGAGCAAUCAGAAAGAGGUUAUCACAAAAUAUGGGGAAGAACCACACGGCGGUCAUGUACACGCUAACUUGUCUAGAAACGUGUGUAAAGAACUGUGGCAGAAGAUUUCACCUCCAGGUGGCAAACAAAGAUUUCCUGUCGGAUCUGAUCAAAGUUAUUGGUCCAAAGUAUGACCCACCACAAGCAGUUCAAGAAAAAGUUCUAAGUCUUAUUCAGACAUGGGCAGAUGCAUUCAGAGGGACUCCUGAACUGAAGGAGAUAGACAAAGUUUACCAGGAUCUGAAGGCAAAAGGAAUAGAGUUUCCUAUGACAGAUCUUGACCACAUGGCACCCAUCCAUACACCAGCCAGGAGCACAGCGGAGGUGGACCCAGGAUUAAGUCGAUUAAGACUGUCAACUAGAGCUCCCCAGCAGGCUCCAGUGUCCCCACCCACCCAAGUCCCCACUGGUCCUGUCAACCCAUCAGCGGAGCAGAUGACCAAGUUAAAAACAGAGCUAAACGUAGUCCAAGGUAACCUCCGAGUAAUGAGUGAGAUGUUAACGGAACUGUCUCCUUCUAAUAUUGACCCUUCAGAUCUAGAGCUCUUACAAGAACUCAACAGGACAAACAGACAGAUGCAGCAGCGAUUGGUGGAAUUAAUAGACAAAAUAGCUAAUGAGGAGGCUACAAAUGAGCUUUUACGCAUUAAUGAUGACAUGAAUAACGUGUUUCUGAGAUACGAGCGGUUUGAACGAUAUCGAACGGGACAAUCCGGGCAGCAGUCCUCCCAGCCCUCAGAACCCUUACCCUCCGAAAGUGUGUCACCACCCUCAUAUGAACAGGCGUCCUCACCUGGACCCGUCCCUUCACAGCCUGCCCCAGCUGUAGGAAAUCUCAUUGACCUAGGGGAUGACACCCAUGUCCCAGCCCCACAGCUGGCCCCACAAGUUACAUCACAGAUGGCCAAUCUAGAUAUUGGAAGCAAUUCAGCGCCGAGCACAGGUCACAAUGAUGAUGAUUUUGAUAUGUUUGCCCAAUCCAGACAGUCCUUUGAUACCAAUAGACAGACAAUGGGAAGUUACGCAAAUCAGCAGGAGGACCAGUUUAAUAAAGCUGGAUUAGGAGCUGUGGUCAACUCCAAAAACAAUUUUACAACAGAUGAGGAAGUAUUACAGCUCACUAAAGAAGAGGAGGAGGUCCUUAAGUUACAAGACAAAGAAACAGAUUAUGCCGAGAUGGAACAGUGGCUGACAGCAGAGCAGAAAGCCAGUUUGAACGAACACAAAAAUCAACAAAAAGAUUCAUUAUCCAGUUCAGAGUUUGAUUCCUUCUUGAAUGAUAGAGCCCAAGCUGCUGACACCCUCCCCAGCAUAACAGCCGCUACAGGUCAAAGGUCACGGAAGCUACAAAAAGAUGACGAAGAGAAUCCCUUGUUUGCUUUAUAAAUUAUGAACCCUGUGUGAAAGUGUAUGAAAGAAUGUAUGAAAACUGAUCUAAUUAUAGUAACAUGAUAAUUGUUUACAGUAUCACAUGAUCACAACAUGGUCAGUCAUAGUAUGCCAAACUGUGGAAAACUGGUCAUCAAUACUUUGUUAGAUCCUGUAAAUCAGAGAAAAAUUUCUUGCUACCUUUUUUCCUAGCUGUAAGUAUUGUUUUGUACAUUAUUUAUUCAUUUACCUACCUACAUUCAAAUUUGUACUUGGAAUAAAAAUUUUAGAAGAUAUAUAUAUAUAUGCAAUUAUUUGAUAAGACAUUUAUGAAUGAUUUCAUGUGUAAAAAGAAUUGCAUGAAUUUUUCCAUUGUGAGGCUUAUUGCCUUGUUUUUACUACAAAUGAUAAUUAUAGAAGCAAUUAUUAAACUGUAAAAAUCUAUUGAGUGGCAUAAUGUUUUGUAAUGAUUUGCUCUAAUACAGUUGAACUUUGUUGUCUUGAACUUUGAUUUUUUUGAAUACACUAGAUAAGUUGAAUUUUGUUGUAUUGAACAUUAAUUUUCUGAAUAUCCAAAUAUGUUGAAGUGAGUCAGCAUUCCUGGUUGAAUCAUGAAUCCACUUGUCAACAUCAUUAUCUUGAACCAUCAGAUAUCUUGAAGUCAGACAAUCCUGCUAUGUUGGAAAUAUAAGGGUUGACUGUAUUUCAUUCAGUUUUAAGAAUGGCUUAAUGCAAAAGCAUACAAAAGGUUUUUCAGUGUUUAAAAAGAAUAUAGCAAAUGUUUUUUCUAAAAAAAAAAAGGGGGGGGUCAUAAUAAUGUCAUUCAAAUGUAUUACAUGUACUAUGACGUAAACACAAGCUGCAAAUAUUGAUAUGUACAGGCUUGAUAUAUACAAAUUUUGUUAGUUUUAGGCUUAAUAUAUAUAUAUAUAUAUAUAUAAUUUGCCAUUAAAAUCUUGUAGAGGGUCCAAAUUUCAAGGAACUGCAAGUUUUUAUGAUAUCAUUGUAAGAAGCAUUUUUAUAAAGGCAUGGGACUUUAUGUUUAGUACAAAUAAUGAUUUAUCUUAUCUUUUUUUUUUUUCUUUUUUUUUUUUUUCUUUUUUUUUUUUUUUGUUAAAAGACCUUGGUCACUGUGAUUAUUUCAUAGAUUUGUUGGAAAAUGUAAGGGAUGCUCUUAGAGGAUUGAAUGUUAUUACUGGCUGUGCAGUUUUUGAUUAAGAAAUCAAUAGUGGAGAAAUACAUGUGUAUUGACCUAACAGAACCCACCCACAUAAUAAGAAUGAUACAAGAGUUGGCUGUAAUCAGCAGAAUUAAUCAAGAUGGGUUCAGAUUUUAAUUUUAGUUUCAAGAAAAUAUACCACCACAAAAAUGAAAAUCAUGGAGCUUAGUAGUGGCUGAGACUCUGUUAAAAUCUGAAUUCAUUGUGUAAUGAAUAUUCACCUGUUUUUAUCUGAUAGAAAGUUGUUAACUAAACACUACAUUGUUUUUACAUUGAAAGUCAUUGUAUAAUAAGCUUUAAAGUUACUUCUAAAGAACAUAUAUGUAUUGAUUAUUCUGUCAACAAGUUCAAUGAACUCAUAUAUUCAAGAACAAUUAGCCUGCUUUGAAUUGUGUAGAACUUUUGAACUGAUUUAAUAAUGAGUAAAACAAAUUGAGCCAUUUAUUUUUUGAAUAUAUUUUGGGUUAAAAAUCUUUUUAAUUUGGAUUGAUUUAGACUAAAAACUCUGAAUGUUUACUUCAAAGCUUUUUUGUUCCUUUCUAUUUAAAGAGAUCUAUACAGUGUUAAUCUGAAGUUACUCAUGAUGACACUGAUUAAUCAUCACUUUGGGAUAAAAACAUCCUAUAAACUAAACUAUAAGCACCUAAGUGCAUUGUCAUUUGAUAUGGUUUUCUAUAAUUUGUCCUGGAUGUACUAUAUAUUUAUCUCAUGGCAAACAGAAUAAAUGUAAAAGAAAUUGUGUAGUAAUCUGUAUCCAUUUGAGUGUUCAACACACUUGUCUAUUUAACAUGAUGUUGAAAAAUAAAAAAAAUAUUGUUA